UCGGUAGGCUUAUGCCUGAUUUUUGGAACAUUUUGGAAAAGGCAGGUAAGCAAGGGGUGAGCUUGUUUAAUCUCUCAUCCCAUGGAAAGUAUAUACUGAGUUCUUCAUUUGAUAAAGGGGAGUAUGAUCACAUAUUGAGUUUCUUAGGAGUACAACCAGUCAAGAAUGAAUGGUCUGCCAAGUGCCUCCAGAGUUCUAACCUUGUUGCAGGAGUUGACGAGGAUGUGUAUUUGGAGAUUUUACUAUUUGUUGCCAAGAAUUGGAAGUCAAAAUUUGACAGCACCAAGAUGAAAAACAUACCACUCAUAAAAUAUUUGGGUGUUGAUGAGGAAGUAUCUCUGUGCAGCAUAGAUGAAUGCAGAAACUCUUAUAAGGUGGUGUCUGUAUCCAGGUAUUCUCGUCAUUCUUCAUGGCUAAUUAAUUGGAACUGGGAAUUCCAUUGUGUUGCCAGUCUUUUUUUUAUGCCACAAAGCACACAAGAAGCUAUCCGACUCUUUCCUAAGACGAUGACUUUACAAAAAUGGCUUCGAGAACAUGUCAAGGUUAGUGCUGUGGAUGUAUAUGACUAUGCAAUUCACCUUAAUGAUUGUAUCAACAAUGACUGUAAGAUCGCCAUUGCCUUUGUUCACUUCUUAUAUCACUCUUUCUCAAAGAGUCAUCUGUCAAAAGCUCAAAUAGGUGAUUUAUGUGGUAUUAUGCCCCUCGUAAAUAAAUACGGGAAACUAAUCAGGAAGAGGAAAAGGGUUUUGGUCCCUGCCAACCGAAGCAAAUGGGCGGGAUUGAAUGGUUCAAAUCCGUGGAGUGGUCAAAGCUAUGUUGAGUUAGGAGGAGAAUACUUGCGCCCGGGUUCUUUUGCAGGUGAAUCUUGUUCUGGAGAACAGCUCUUGGAGUUCCUUAAAACUCAAGUUGCUGCUUCUGAUAUUCCUCAUAUAGAUCCUCCCAAUGUUGCAAUUCCUGCUGUUUCUGCACCUCUCACCAAACAAAAUGCGUUCUUGCUUUUGGAUUGGAUUCAAAACUUGAAAUGUAGGAGAACUCAAAUUCCAAAUAAAUUCUUGACGAGCAUAAAGGAAGGUAGCUGGCUGAAGAUUACUACCAAUGGCUGCUCGGGUUACAGUCCACCAUGUCGGUCAUUCAUGCUUACUUCUUCACUAGGAAACUUUUUGGAGAACGAAUCUGUUCUUGCUGAUAUUCCAUUGAUUGAUGAAAGUUUCUAUGGUAAUCAAAUAAAUAAAUAUAAGGAGGAGCUAAAGACAAUUGGCGUCAUGCUUGAGUAUGGAGAAGCAUGUGAAUUUAUUGGGAAGCAUCUCAUGUCUCUUCCUGAUUCCUCCACUUUAACUAAAAGUCAGGUGUUCUCUAUUUUGAAUUUCAUCAGGUUUUUUAGGGCCAAUUAUCUUGCACAGGAAAAGUUCAUUAGUACAUUCAAAGAAAGAAGAUGGUUGAGGACAUCCAGAGGUGACAUGUCUCCAGUUGGAUCUGUUUUGAUUGAGCAUAAAUGGAAAGGUGCAUCGCAAAUCAGUAACCUCCCCUUCAUCGAUACAGGUUACUUUGGGGAUGAAAUAUUUUCUUUUAAAGAGGAACUCAGGUCCCUUGGUGUGUUAAUUGGCUUCAGUGGAAGUCACAAGCUUGUUAUAGACAACUUAAAAUCACCUUCAUCCUUCUCUUCUCUGACAGCAGAGGCUGUUAUAUUCAUACUGAAAUGUAUGCAUCAUUCAGGAGAUCAAUGCAACAAACUCAUCGCGACAUUGAGUGGUGUGAAAUGCUUCAAGAAAAAUAUUGGUUACAAGUCUCCGGGAGAAUGUUUCUUGUUUGACUCUCAAUGGGCUUGCCUUCUACACGUUUUCAACGGUUUCCCACUCAUUGAUCAUGAUUUCUAUGGAGGCAGUAUCUUCUCGUACGGAAACGAGUUGCAGCAACUAGGCGUAAAUGUGUAUUUUGAGGAGGCAGUCGAAGUAUUUGCCCAGAGUUUCAAGCAGCAAGCAACUUCCAUGACAAAAGAAAAUGUUUUGUCCUUUUUGUCAUGUUACAAAGUACUAAAGUUUCCUCCAAAUCUUAUGAAAUACGUCCGUGAAGUGAAGUGGCUGCGAACUAGGCUUGGUGAUCUCAGAUCUCCAAGCAAUUGCAUUCUGUAUGGUCCAAAAUGGCAAUCAAUUGCCCCAAUUACUCUGCUCCCUUUCAUAGACGAUGGUGACAAUUAUUAUGGCAAGGAUAUUCACGAAUACAAGAAAGAGCUGAAAAGUAUAGGGGUUGUCAUUGAAUUCGAAGAUGGUGCAAAGUUUAUUGCUGAUGGUCUUUUUUUCCCCCAGGACCCUUCCAUCAUAACCCCUGCAAAUGUGGUUUCCCUGCUAGAAUGCAUCCGCAUUUUAUUGCAUGAUCAUGCAGGGAGUUACAAAUUUCCAGACACUUUCUACAGAAGAAUCUCUCAGAAAUGGUUGAAGACGAAUGAUGGUUAUAGGCCUCCAGAUCAGUGCUGCUUGUUCGAUUCUACGUGGAGCUCUCAUUUGAAGCAUACAGAUGGACCUUUUCUUGAUGAAGGUUUUUAUGGUUCUAACAUUAGAUCAUACAAAAAAGAGCUUAAUGCUAUUCAUGUUACCGUGGAUGUAAAGAAAGGAUGCCCCUUGAUUGCCAGGCACCUUGAUUUCCAUCAUGAAUAUCUCACUAUAGUUCGAAUUUAUAAAUACUUGAGUGAAUUUAAUUGGAAGCCGGACACUGAAGCAGCCAAAAGGAUUUGGAUCCCAGAUGGAGCUAAGAAUGGAAAAUGGGUUAGCCCCGGAGUGUGUGUUUUGCAUGACAAGGAUGAUCUCUUUAGUUUCUGCCUGCAAGUUUUGGAAAAUACUAUGAUCAGAAGCUACUCUUUUUUUUCUCUAGGGCUUUCAAUGUUAAAGACAAUCCCUCUGUUCUUGAUUACUGCCUGCUUUGGAUGGUUUGGUUUUUGAAUAAAAUGAGGAAGUAGUAGGGUUUGUAAUGAAGUCCAAGAGCAUGCAGAUUUUCAUGGAGGAGGAGGAGUUCCUUGCAUCUAGCUAGGUGCAUGUGUCUGUG